AUGCCGAGCUUCGCCGAGACGCGCUCGAGGGACGAAGCGACGCGCCUCUACGAGAAGCUCAUGACGGACGCCGCGCGCAUACGAGACCCGCGGCUGCGGAGGACGUGCGAGGAGGCGGUGGAGAGCGCGCGCGCGACGACGCUCGCCGUCCUCGCCGACGCGGACGACGCGACGCGCGCGCUCCACGCCGCGGAGCACGCGCGCGAGGCUGCCGCGGUGGAGCUGCGCGCGAUCAGGCGCGAGCGCGCGGCGCUGGACCGCGCGAAGGCGCGCGCGGAGGCGGAGUCGAGGGCGCGGAGAAAACAGCUCGUGCGCGCGCGCGCGUCGACGCGCUGGCGCCGCGCGCCGCGGACGCCGCUCGAGGUGCUCUUGGCGGAGAGCGCGGCGCCGGGGAAGAAGCGAUAG